AUGGCAAGCACCAUCAAGGAGGCGCUGUCUGUGGUCAGUGAGGACCAGUCCCUGUACGAGUGCGUGUACAGCGUGGCACAGCAGGCCAAGACAGACAUGACGGCAUCAGCAGUGAGCGAAUACAGCCAAAAUAAGCUGAGUCCACGGGCGGCGCAGCAGGACUGGCUCUCCCCCCCACCUGGACGUGUCACCAUCAAAAUGGAGUGCGGAGGAGGAGGAGGAGGAUCUACGGGAGGAGGAGGAGGAAGAACAGGGCAGGUGAACGGCUCAAGGAGCUCUCCAGAUGAGGGUGGCGUGGGAAAAGGGAAGGUGGUGAGUGGAAGUGAUGGCACGUCUAUGACCUACAGCGGCUACAUGGAGGACAAGCACGUCGCCCCUCCCAACAUGACGACCAAUGAGCGCAGGGUCAUCGUACCUGCAGACCCCGCGCUGUGGUCAUCGGAUCACGUACGUCAGUGGCUGGAGUGGGCCGUGAGAGAGUACUGCCUGUUAGAGCUGGACGUCUCACUUUUCCACAACAUCGAUGGCAAGGAGCUCUGUAAGAUGACCAAGGAGGAUUUCCAGAGACUCACGCCGAGCUACAACGCCGACAUCCUGAUGUCCCACCUCCACUACUUACGGGAAACUCCACUUCCCCACUUGACUUCAGACGAUGUUGACAAAGCCUUGCAAAACUCGCCGCGGUUAAUGCAUGCUCGUAACACAGGAGGCGCCAGUUUUAUCUUUCCCAACACGCCAGUCUACCCACCUGAAACUCCAAGAGUCUCUGGAAGACCAGAUUUGGCUUAUGAAGCUGCCAGGAGAUCUGCAUGGCCGUCUCAAUCAGUUUCAACCAAUAAAGCUUCACAGUCCUCGCCAGCCGUUGUCACCAAAACUGAAGAGCCGAGACUACAGCUGGAUCCGUACCAGGUUUUGGGUCCUACAAGCAGCAGGCUGGCGAACCCAGGUUCAGGCCAGAUCCAGCUGUGGCAGUUCCUCCUGGAGCUCCUCUCAGACAGCGCAAAUUCCAGCUGCAUCACGUGGGAGGGCACCAACGGCGAAUUCAAGAUGACCGACCCGGACGAGGUGGCGCGGCGCUGGGGCGAGCGCAAGAGCAAACCCAACAUGAACUACGACAAGCUGAGCCGGGCGCUGCGCUACUACUACGACAAGAACAUCAUGACCAAGGUGCACGGCAAGCGCUACGCCUAUAAAUUCGACUUCCACGGCAUCGCCCAAGCCCUGCAGCCUCACCCGCCCGAAUCUGCCAUGUACAAAUACCCCUCCGACCUGCCCUACGUGAGCUCCUACCACCCACACUCGCAGAAGAUGAACUUCGUCUCGCCGCACCCCCAGGCACUGCCCGUCACCUCCUCUGGGUUCUUCAGCGCACCCAACCCAUACUGGAACUCACCCGGGGCAGCAAUCUACCCCAGUCCACGCCACCCGGCUGCCCACAUGCCACCCCAUCUGGGCACCUACUACUAGCUGUCCCCCGAGCAUCUCACCCCAGUCAGACCCGAGCACCUCUGCAAGGGUGAUAAAUUAGGGUGUAAUUCUCUACACAGGUGUAGCAGGUACUCUGUGUGUCUACUGGUUACCCUUAUCUGGACUUCAUGACCUGUACCCACAUUUCAACCCUGGUCUUGUCUUUCAUUCAGAUAGGGGUAACCAGUAUUUCAGUGUGCCCACAAUGCCACUCUGGUCUUGUCUGUCAUUCAGCUAGGUGUCACCAGUUGGUCAGUGUAAUUAAGAUUAGAGUAACCAGGAGGUCAAUGUGCUGACAGUGGACAGUGCAGUCCUGGUCUUGAAUGUUAUGUAGAUUAGUAGGUCACUGUGCCCACAGUGCCACCCUGUUCUUGUCUGUAAUUCAGAUAGGUGUGACCAGUAUUUCAGUGUGCCCAUAGUGCCACCCUGGUCUUAUCUGUGGAUCAGAUUAGAGUAACAAGCAGGUUAGUGUGGGAAAGGGUAACCAGUAUGGCCUGUACCCACAGUGCCACCCUGGUCUUAUGUGUAAUUGAGAUUAAACAGUAGGUCAAUGUGAGAGAAGGCAACCAGUUGAUCAGUGUGCCCACAGUGCCACCCUGGUCUUGUGUGUAAUAGAGAUUAAACUGUUGGUCAGUGUGCCCACAGUGCCACCCUGGUCUUGACUGUAAUUAAGAUUAGAGUAACCAGGAGGUCAAUGUGCUGACAGCGGACAGUGCAAACCUGGUCUUGAAUGUAAUGUAGAUUAGUUGGUCAGUGUGCCCACAGUGCCACCCUGGUCUUAAUUGUGCAUAAUAUUAGAGUAACCAGUAGGUCAGUGGGUGAGAGGGCACCCAGUAUGGUCUGUGCCCACAGUGCCACCCUGGUCUUGUAUGUAAAAGAGAUUACACAGUUGGUCAGUGUGCCCACAAUGCAAUACUGGUCCUAACUGUGCAUCAUAUUAGGAUAACAUGUGGGUCACUGUGAGAGAGGGAAACCAAUAUGGCCUGUGCCCACUAUGCAAUCCUGGUCUUGUCUGUCAUUCAGAUGGAGGUAACCAGUAUAUCAGUGUGCUCACAGUGCCACCCUGGUCUCGUCUUUGAUUCAGAUUAGAGUAAACAGUAGGUCAAUGUGAGAGAGGGCACCCGGUUCAGUCUGUGCCCGCUAUGCAAUCCUGGUCUUGUCUGUCAUUCAGAUUGGUCUACAGUGCCACCCUGGUCCUAACUGUGAUUCAGAUGAGGGGAAACCAGUAGGUCAGUGUGAAAGAGCAACCAAUAUGGUCUGUGUCCACUGUGGCCACCCCUGGACUUAUCUGUAAUAGAGAUUAAACAGUUGGUCAGUGUGCCCACAGUGCCACCCUGGUCUCGUCUGUGAUUCAGAUGAGGGGAACCAGUUGCUCAGUGUGUAAGAGGAAAAUUCAGCAAGUAGCUUCGAUGUAAAAAGGGCUUUAAUGUACCAAAGUGAGCUAAAACACACAGGUGCAUAAACAGUUAUGUAUUAUUAUUAUUAUUAUUAUUAUUAUAUGUGUUUUAGUAUCGAACUUCUUUUAUUCUACAGAAACAUAUCAACGUGAGAGAGAGAAAACGAGAGAAAACGAGAGAACAAGUUCAUUAAGUGUAAAUGAAAUAAAAGUGAAGAGUGAAGGAAGUGGAGGGAUGAAAUGUGUAGUAUUAAUCAGGGACUGAUGUGGUUAGAAUGUAAAGUAUGAAGUAUUACAGCUUUGGAUAUAAACUGCCAUAUUUAUCAGUAUUAAACUGCACAGUCGUUUACGUGGCUUUAUAAAGCGAAGGACGGGAACAAUGUACUUGAUUUUAAAUGAUAGAACCUUUGUAACUGGAAACGGAAAGAUUCUUCACGCCUGUUAAAUGACCUCAAACCUUUUCAGACGGAGGUGGAUGUUUUAAAUCAGCGCCUUACGUGAGCUUCCUCACACCGCGGUGGAGGUUCUACUUAUUUUAAACCAAAGUAUCAGUUUUGUGUGUUUUUAUUAUUAUUAUUAUUAUUAUUUUCUGAUUCGCGAACGCUGUGCGUUUGUCAGAUUGAAGUAUACAAUUCAGUGUUAUAUUUCAUUUUCUAUGAUAGAUAUAAUAGAUAGUGUAACUUAUGCAUUUAAACACUACGAGUUGAUCUCAGCCAGCCAAGGACGGACCUUUAUACGAUAGAUUUAGAGGAAAAAAAGGACCAUAGGUCAUAAGGACCAAAUUAAUGUAAAGCAAGCGAACAGUCGUGGCCUUCGAACUUUAAGCUCUGUAUAUGUUUACAAGUGUAAGCCAUAUGUAAGAUUAGUAGGGAUGUAACGAUACACUACCCACGAUGCGAUGCGAUUCACGAUACAAUUUUUUCCAGAUUUUUUUAAACAAAAUUAAAUUGAAGACAAAUUAUUACAAUUUCCUUUUAUUAUUUCUCUUUAAAAAUAAAAUACUGUAUUUGUGCUUAUGUUUUAUUUAUCUAAAUAAUGAACGCCCUUUUAUUUCUGAGGUAGGUACAAACUAUGCAAAACAAUGCUGCACAUUUCCCUUUUUGUGUAAAAAAAACUGAAAUGAAUUAAUCCCACAUUAAAUACAUAAAUAAUACAAAUAAAGAAAGUAUCAGUUUGGCUGGAAGAUUCCAGUACCCUGUAGUGACGUCAACCCGGCGAGGUGAACAGCGCCAGUGCCCUCUGCUUGAUUCAUUAUACAUAUAAACCCAUUUGAAUCGUUACACAUGUGAAUCGAUUUUUAACUGUCUUGUGGUGCAUCGUUACAUCCCUAAAGAUCAGUGUCUGGUUUGGCGUUUAGGCCGAUCUCUGUGUGAGCUGCGUUUGCAGAUUGAAUCGGCUGUGAGAUUGGACUGAUGCUCUGAGAUUGCUGACAAAAGGAAUGAAACAUACUUUUUAUAAAUUAUAUGAUUUUCUACUGAGUCAAUUUAAUAAACUAUUUUGAAAGCA